CAGUCGUCAUCGUUUUCGAUGCGUGAGAGUACGUUCUCUAUUCUAAUACUACCGCUACUGUUACAUGAAAAACGCGGGUUAACUGUAGUAUCAAAAAACAAAAUAUGUUCCGUAUGGCUUAUCACAGACAUCUUAAGGCAGUCAUCCAUUGUGGCGAUUAAUGGUGAUGCCUUUUCAAAAUAUUUACGUGAAAAUUGUGUCAGUGGAUGUGUACUUCCUUAAUGUAAAUAUUGGCUUUAAAUAUCUUCGAUAUUUCUAAGCCAGAUAAGCUAACACAUUUCACAGUUUCUGGAUUUUUGUUUUGCUCUUCCAGAUUUAGCCCGUGACGUACAAAAGCGUCAUGUCGGCAGUGUGUCUCGAACUAUCGGGCGGUAGGCCGCGAAACGGCCUCAAACUACCUUUGAAUAGGAGCCUGAGUGAACCAGGUCCUCCUUCACCAAAUCAUAUCUUCCUAAGUCCUCCGAAGAGGUUCAAGCUGGAGUCAACUAGUGUCAGCCUCCCCAUAAGUCCCUGCGGUGAUAGCACGACUCUUCAACGAACAUUAGUAUUAACAAAAGUCGGUACAUUGGAUGCAGAUGAACUUACGGCCAAACUAGACACUGCGAUUCCUGGUUCGAGGACUUUUUUAAUUUUGGAUUGUCGGCCAUUCAUAUCGUAUAACCUCAGUCAUAUCAGUGGGGCAAUUAAUAUUAACUGUUCCGAUCGUUUUAAUCAAAGAAGACUUCAUCAAGGGAAAGCGACUCUUGCGGAUUUAGCCACGUCGAGGGAAGGAAAAGAGAUGCUGAAGAAGCGUACAUACAAGGAAGUGGUGGUUUACGAUGAUGGCACGUGUGAUAAAGAAAGAGUUACGUCCGCUCAUCCUCUUCUACUCGUCUUAUCAUCGCUGGUGGAAGAUAACCGGGAACCAAUUCUGCUAUUGGGAGGCCAUCGGGAAUUUCACAGAAAGCACAAGGAUUUAUGCGAAGAUACGUUAGUUUCCGGCCUGUCCUCACGAGGACUUCCGUCAUCUGCAUCGUGUCCGGCGUUGGCCGACAUCGAUUCUCAUCCGGCAUCCCGCAUUUUACCCUUUCUUUACGUUGGAAAUAGUAAAGACGCAUCCGAUCUCUCCUGCCUACAAGACUUGGGUACCUCUUGCGUUCUUAACGUUACAUCGUCGCUCAACGGAUACCACGAAGAAUGCGGAAUUACGUACAAACAAAUACCGGCCUCAGAUUCAGGACAUCAAAAUUUAAAGCAAUACUUUGAAGAGGCGUUCGAGUUCAUAGAAGAAGCAAGGAAGAAAGGAACACGUGUAUUAGUUCAUUGUCAAGCAGGUGUAUCCCGUAGUGCAACAAUAGCAAUUGCGUACAUAAUGAAAUAUAAACAAUUAUCGAUGAUCGAAGCAUAUAAAAUGGUAAAAGCGGUGAGGCCCAUAAUAUCUCCAAAUCUAAAUUUCAUGGGUCAACUUUUGGAGUUAGAACAGAGUUUGAGAAGUAGCGAUAGUGAAUGUAAAUCGCCAUGUCAUCCGUAUCGGUGGAGUCAGCAACAGAGUGAAGAAGUCACGCAAGGCUGCAGUGUUUAGUUUCGGAUUUAUAGACAUUACGGGUAGCAUUGAAUGUAUAUAGUGCCUCUCAAAUUUUAUAUUUAGUCAACUCGCCAUCGGAUCUAAUUCUAGUCGCAAAUUUGGUAUUAAGGCUGUGUAACCAGAGAAGAUAUUCAUUGUAAAUAUAGAUGGUACCAAUAAUUUUAAGGCUGUACUGGGUCAAAAGAGUAAUUAUCCAAUUUAGUUCAAUGGGAGAAUAGAGUUUAUUUUUGAGAUGCAGUUAUUGUUUAAAUAGUCUGAGCUGCUGUAGCUGUUAAUGGCUGAAUUCACUUACACAUUAAAUAGUGUCGUAUUAGUAACAAAUAGGCUGAAAUAAAUUAAGAAUAAGUUUAUUAUUAUUAUGCUAUUUCUAACGUACUUUAUUAUUUGAAUCUGUUAAUCUAGUAAAGAGCAGCGUACCAAUUUAUUAAAGAAAAGUUAUAUAAAAAGUUACUUUUAUUUUGAAAAUGUUGCCAAAUAUUUAAUUAAGCCGAAUUCAUAAAGCAGCAGUACAUUUUUAAACAUUCUCAUAGUGUUUUAGAUAAGGACGAUUUAGUGUUUUUUUAAGUUUGUAAAGUUGUCAUGUUUGAUUAUAUGGCAGGCUGCAUCCUAGUAAAUGGGAUAAAUAUUUAUCAAUAUGGUGUACAGUAUAAUUUAUUUAUUUAAUCGAAAUGUUUGCAUAUUAAUAUUGCAAUGUACAAUUACAGACUUGUGGGAUGAUUACCACAAUUGUUGUGAACAUCCUCAACAGAGUGAAAAGGUGUCAAAUAUGUUAGCCUCUGUGAAAUGACAUUCAUUUUUUAACUCUUGACAAAUAAGUUAAUAAUUUAUAACAAAAUAUUGAAACUAACUGAACGAAAAUGAAAGUCGAUAAUGACAUUUUCACAGAUUGUUUAUAAAACUUGUGCCUUUUUAUUUUAAAACAUGUGUUUUAUACCACCAUUACAAAAGCUGUCUUCUGUAAAAUUGCAUAAUAAAUUAUGAUAAAUUUGUAAUUUAUUAUAAUGUUUUAAAAGUAUUGUAGAAUGUAUACUGUAUAGGUACCUAUUACAUUUACAACUGUAUAUACCUAUGCAAUGGAAGUAUUGAUUCCUUAGGAACAUUGUAAUAUUUCUUCAUGCUGUUAAUGUUGAGCAACAAACCUGAAAAAAUAGACUGCUAACGUCGUCGAUUUGUGAUUGCACAAAAAUAAAGUGAUUGAAAAUGUG